AUUCAAACUUUUCGAAAUUAAAAUUUGUCUAAGAAGAAUCCUCGACCGUCGGCUGCGAAGAUAGCGUCGGGGCCCCACACAUCCAGAAUACCCAAAUACUCCCCAUCCUCCAACCACUCGUCGACUCCACCAAAUCCUCUGCUUCCCCCCGUUCUCCACCGAAUUCCUCGCCCUCGCUCGUCGGCGAAAGCUGCACCAGGUGAUUCCAGCUGCCGCGGGGAGCGGAUUCCGCCAUGGCGACGGCGCUCAAGUCGUUCCUGAACAGCCCCGUCGGCCCCAAGACCAGCCACUUCUGGGGCCCUGUCGCCAACUGGGGCUUCGUCAUCGCGGGUUUGGUUGACAUGAACAAGCCUGCUGAAAUGAUAUCGGGCAAUAUGACAGGAGCAAUGUGUGUGUAUUCUGGACUCUUCAUGAGGUUUGCAUGGAUGGUACAACCGCGAAAUUACUUGCUUCUAGCAUGCCAUGCUUCUAAUGAAAGCGUUCAGCUGUAUCAGUUAUCUCGUUGGGCUAGGGUUCAGGGGUACCUGGGGAAGAAAGAGCCGGAGGCCCAGCAGUAAAGAUGGAAUGGAAUGCUGCCGUCACUUGUUCAAAAAGGAAUUUUUUUUUUGAAAAGCAUCAAUAAGGAAAUUUUGUUUGUGAAGCAGUGUAGAUAUUGUUCAUUCUGUGACCAUGAAGUUUCUGCAUGCUGCACAAAAUACCGUGGAAAUUUCAAUGAUACCUUGUUGCUUCAUUACAAGAAGUUUUCAUUUGUGUUACUUUGCUGCACAUCUGUAGGAAGGCCUGACCUUUUUCAACGCGGGAUUGCAGUCUAUUGAUAACUUUUUAUUAUUUGGCACUAUUCGGCUUAA